AAUUUUCACGAGCUGCUCAAACCGACUGUUUCAGCGACAAAAAAGAUCACGUGAUCAAAAUGGACGCUUGAUAUUCAUCAAUUUUGAUCACAUGGUCCUUUUUGUCGCUGAAACAACCUGUAUAAGCAGCUCGCGAAAUCAGCGAAAAUCAGCGAAAAUUUACCUUUACGGAAGGUGUGUGCCACGGUCUUAACGCAGGAAAAUCAAUGAAACGCGAAUAUGGGUCGCAAAAUACCAGGAAAGAAGCAUCGGGGUAUUAAAGACAAACAGCGCUUUAAACAUGUAGCGGAGUUAGAAUUGUGUACGAAUACAGCGUCGAAAAAUGUAUACGAGCAAGUAAUGCCAAAGAGUCUGGAGCGUAUAAUUAAAUUAAAAGAAGCUGUAAAGAUCAAUACUGGCAUCUUGAAAAGGAAGAAGAAGAAGAAGAAAAAGAAUGCUCUUAUCUGUAUAGGGGGGGGGCUACAGCAUCAUAAACCAAAUCAUCCAAAAGCAAAACUAGAUAAGGUUAUACCAGUACUUCAACAACGACCAGGCGAAUCUAGUAAACAAUUUAUGCACAGAGUAUCUAGAGAUACAUAUAAUUUUUUAAAGGAAGUAGCAUUUGAAAAAAAAUACGGUAUUCAGAUUGAACGGAAUUCAAAUACUAGUGAAAUUCAAGCUAUAACAAAAUGCAAACAUAAAAAGGAUACUAUAGAAACAUUAGAAAUUAAGCAUAAGAAUAUUAAUAGAAAAAAGAUACUUGAAAGCUCUGCAACUUCGUCAAAAAAUGAAAAGCGAAAACUGAAAGUAUGUGCACGAAAAGAAAAAAAGCUUGAAAGCUUUAAUGAAUUUGAGAGAUUGCAAGAUAAGAUUGUUUUUGGUGAAGUAGUCUAUGAACCUCCUAAGUUGGAAAUUAAGUCAAAUAAAAUUAAUGAAGUUAGAAAGCCAAAAAAUUUAUUAUUGAAUUCAUUAUUAAAAGGUUCUCAAGAAGACGUUUUUGCUUCCAAAGUGAUUAAUCGAUUUAGAAAGAAAAAACACUUACCUGAAACAGAAAGAAGAAAACUAGAGGAACAACAAAUAUUGCAGCCUACAAAUAAUUGAAGUCUGAACGAUCGAUUAAUAGAAACUACUAGGAUGAUGUUGAUAACGUGCACAUAGAUUGAACAGACCGACGGGAUCAAGCCUCUCUAGGACCUCUGGAUCACGUACACCAG